UUAUGGUCCUUGCAGGAGUGGACCUUGUGCUGCAGCAAGACGCCAGCAUGAAGACUCACGCAGCCUCCCCGGAUAUUUUGGACUUUCCUCGCUUCACAUUCAAUCCAAAAGAAGGCAUUGACAACCCAGCUCUGAACAUUAAUGAUGAUGAUGAGGAGGUUGUAGUUCCCCGGCUGCUCCACCUGCACCGUAAGGAGGGGCAAAGUUUUGGCUUCUCUCUGCGAUGGGACAGUGGUCUGGGGGGUCCAGAGGGGGGACCAGAGGGGGGUCUGGAGGUGAGCACGGUGCAGCCCUGGGGUCAGGCUGAACUGUGCGGGCUGAGGCUCGGAGACAGAGUCCUGGAAGUGAACGAGGAGGACGUCUCCAACACGGAGUUCAACAAGGUGGUGAGAAAGAUCAAAUUCUGUGGUUGUCAUCUGUUCCUGCUGGUUUUGAGGAAAGAAGAAUAUGAACAGGCUGUGUCUUCAGGUCUGGAUUUGAAGUCUUUGGUGAAAUCGUUUAAAGGAGAAAACUGCUGCAGACCGAGACUGUGCCACAUCAAACGAGACCCUGAACGUGGCCUCGGAUUCAACCUCAUCUCACUGGAAGGUCACAGAAGGGAGUUCAUGGUGAGCACAGAGAGCGGAGGUCCUGCAGAGAGAGCCGGAGUCUGCAGUGUAGACAAACUCAUCUGGAUCAAUGGGACCAGAGCCUCUUCACUGUCACAGAGCGCCCUCAACAGAACGAUGAGAAAAAACCCAGACUCAGUGACUCUGCUGGUCAUAGACAGUGUCAGCGAGAAGUGUUUUAUAAAGAGGAAAAUGCCCAUUGUCCCUGAUGUGGCCGAGUGUUGCAAUUUCCCACACAAAGCCAGGACCAUGAACCUGUCCAAAGGGAAAGAUGGAUACGGGUUUCUACUCAGACAGGAGUGGGUUGCCAUGAGGGAGAGAACAGUGCACGUGCUUCGAGAGGUGGAGAGUGGCAGCCCAGCGGAGGAGGCUGGGAUGGAGGAUGGAGACCUGCUGUUGGCUGUGAACAGUGAGCCAGUGGAGGGUCUGGAGCAUGAGGACAUAGUGAAACUGAUCAGACAGAGCGGAGACAGGGUCAGCCUCACUGCCCUGUCUGUGAGCGGCAGGGACUUUUACAGACAGUUGGGUCUUCCUCCCCUGUUAUUCCAUCAGGAUGCUGAAGAAAGCUGCAGUGAAAUCACAACUGGACCAGCAGACAAACUUGGAAAAAAUAAGACGACACCGAAAACUGAAGUCUUUUUGUGAUGAGAGUGUGACGAGAGGAAAAGAGGAACAAAUCAAUUUUCUUCGCAAGCCAAGGAAGU